AUGCUAGCUAAAAACGAGAAAUUUGAUGAUGAUUUAAGCAUCGCUAGUUCAAUUCAAGAUGCUCAAAUGUCACAAAAUUCUUCUCCUUGCUAUGAGGAGAUGAGUGUGGUGGGAAAAGGUGAACAUGGGACUCAUGCAGAAGCAUUUGAAGGCAUUCCCAUAAAUUCUUGUCAAAGGGAUAAAAGUUCAUCACAAAAUAUUUCCAGUUGCAAUGUGGCUUUUCCUCAAACAUCAGAUGAUUUGCCAGCUGAAAUAUUCAUUAAACACUCCAGAACUUCAGCCGGUAGCAGUGAAGAUCUUGAUGAGAAGACUAAGUAUCAAGUCGUUCAGCAGAGAGGACGGUUUAAAGUUACCUCUGAGAAUGUUGACUUGGAAAAGGUGACUCCAGAACAUCCGGCUGCUACUCAACCGUUACCACCUGAUGCUACACCAGCAAAUCUUUCUUCCCAGUCCAUAUUUCCACUACUGCAAAACGCUUUACAGGCAACUAUUACUGGAACAGAGAGUAUUCUUAGUGCAAUGAGGCAAGUGACCCGUGGUGACUCCACAGCUAAUCUUUCAGUGGACUUGGGAUGCGUUCCGUCAAAUUCAGUUGGAGUGGAGAAAUCACUGUUGGAGGCAGCUCUUGACAGGGAGAAGGAAUUAAUUCGUGAAAAUAAUGAUUUACGGUUGAGGCUAUUGGUUGCUCAAGAAGAGCUUCAAAAAUAUAAAACAGAAAAUAAGAGCUCAAAGUGACCUAAACUUUCACGUAGUCUGCAUCAAAGUGAAGAAGGAAAUAGCUAUCUUUGUAAAUGAGAUACCAUAGUUAACAGAUUUAAUUUCCAACUGUACAGUUGGUUUGUUUCUACUUUCUAGGAAGCGGUAAGUUGUUUUUGCUUAUUCUUGUUUGCUAGGCUGAUUCCUGUUAGAAUAAAAUACUUGGGGAUACUGAUUCAUAUUUUGAGUUAACACCACCUUUACAUGAA